CUCUCUCAUUAUCUACCUAUCCAUCUAUUGCCCUGUUUUCUUCCUCACCCAGCCAGCCUCUCUCCUUUUUUGUUUCAAACAAAACGGAAGCUACAUUGGGUGGCACAUGUUUUGCGAGAGAGUAAAGAGGAGAGCAGUGGCAAAUUUGAUUUGGGUCUCUUAGUUUUCCAUGUUAUAAAAAAGAAAAGAAAAAAAACGCCAUUGCCGACACCCGUUUUCUUGGUUUCAUUUUUUUUUUUGUUCUACUAGUGAGUGGGAGAGAGGGAGGCGAUGGCUCAAAUUUCACCGAAGCUGCUGAUCCCGGAGUCGUUUCAAGUGUCGAGAGAUGACAUCACGGGCCAACUGGGUUUGAUUUGGGAGCUAAUCAAAACGCCAUUGAUAGUUCCCUUGCUGCAACUGGGCGUCUACAUUUGCUUGGCCAUGUCCCUCAUGCUCUUCAUGGAGCGGGUCUACAUGGGCAUAGUCAUUAUCCUGGUUAAGCUUUUCUGGAAAAAGCCAGAGAAGCGUUACAAAUUUGAGUUCAUUCAAGAUGAUGUGGAACUCGGUAGCUCUAAUUUCCCCGUCGUUUUAAUCCAAAUCCCAAUGUUCAACGAAAAAGAAGUUUACAAGAUCUCCAUUGGAGCAGCUUGUGGACUUUCAUGGCCGUCGGAUCGUCUCGUGAUCCAAGUACUUGAUGAUUCAACUGACCCUGCAAUCAAGUUGAUGGUUGAGCAAGAGUGCCAAAGAUGGGCGAGCAAAGGCAUCAACAUAACGUACCAAAUCAGGGAAAAUAGAACGGGUUACAAAGCCGGAGCUUUGAAAGAAGGGUUAAAACGAAGCUACGUUAAACACUGCGAAUACGUGGCCAUUUUCGAUGCUGAUUUCAGGCCUGAACCCGAUUUCCUUAGACGCAGCAUCCCAUUUCUGGUCAACAACCCUGACAUUGCUCUGGUUCAAGCCCGGUGGAGAUUUGUGAAUGCUGACGAAUGUUUGUUAACAAGAAUGCAAGAGAUGUCAUUGGAUUACCAUUUCACAGUGGAGCAGGAAGUUGGAUCAGCAACACAUGCUUUCUUUGGUUUUAAUGGGACGGCUGGUAUAUGGAGAAUUGCGGCCAUUAAUGAGGCAGGUGGGUGGAAGGAUCGGACCACCGUGGAGGACAUGGACCUGGCGGUCCGAGCGAGUCUCCGGGGAUGGAAAUUCGUUUACCUGGGUGACCUUCAGGUGAAAAGUGAACUUCCUAGUACUUUUAAGGCAUUUCGAUUCCAGCAGCAUCGAUGGUCUUGUGGCCCUGCUAAUCUCUUCAGGAAAAUGGUGUGGGAAAUCAUUCAAAACAAGAAAGUGAAAUUCUGGAAGAAAGUAUACGUAAUUUACAGCUUCUUCUUCGUCCGGAAGAUCAUUGCUCAUAUGGUCACCUUUUGCUUUUACUGCGUUGUUCUUCCGCUCACGAUUUUGAUCCCCGAAGUUUGGGUUCCUAUUUGGGGAGCCGUCUAUAUUCCGUCAGUCAUUACCAUUCUAAACUCUGUAGGAACUCCAAGAUCAAUCCACCUAUUGUUUUACUGGAUCCUGUUCGAGAAUGUGAUGUCGUUGCACCGGACAAAGGCGACGUUUAUCGGUCUUCUAGAGGCAGGGAGAGCCAAUGAAUGGGUCGUGACCGAGAAACUCGGUGAUGCUGUCAAGAAAGCAGCCGAUGCUGCUAAGAACAAGAACAAUGCCAAAGCACCAAGGAAGUUGAAAUUCAAAUUCACUGAUAGGCUGAAUACGUUGGAGCUCGGAUUCGCAGCAUUCCUUUUCCUAUGCGGAUGCUACGAUUUCGUCCACGGGAAGAAUAAUUACUUCGUAUACCUCUUCCUGCAAACCAUUACCUUCUUUAUCACAGGAAUUGGAUAUGUUGGCACCAUCAUUUAAGUAAGCAAAGUGUAUCAACUUGUCUGCUGCUGCUAUCAUUUGACUGCAAAUAUCAGUCCCAUCACUUAUUUUUAGUUAAACAGAAAUAGUUCAUUCAAUAUAUUCAGUACCCCAAAAAAAAAAAAAAAGGCGUCAUCGGUCGGUCCGUUGCCAUGUCUCCCUCAAAGAUCAUUGCUGUUAAAUGGAGAAUUCACCAGAAAAGAACAAAAAAAAAAAAAGUGGUGUUAUUGCCAAUAUAUAUUUAUACAGAGUCAGGGCCUUGGGAUAGUUUGCUUUGGACAAUUUGCAUGUAAUUGUGAGAUUUAUUUUUUUUCUCUUUUGGUUUUCUUUAUUUUUGAGUUUCCAUUUGUUAGUUUUACUGAAGCUUUUUCUUUCAAGGGAAUAAAGUGAGAAAUAGUAGGGUGAACUUGUAAUCACAGUUAAUUUAUCAAAUUCAAGUAUUUCCAUGCUUUUUAAUAA